AUAUACUUGGUAUGCCGUUAUGAGUCCUUUUCGCGACAGAUUUGAUAUAAUUCACGAUAGGCGGUUUUGUGACUGAUAUGAUAAUGUACAUUUGGACCAGCAAUACAAGGUUGAUAUAACUUCCGUUUACAAGAAUGGGUGCGUCUUCGAGCAAGAAUGAAGAAAACAGAAAUGACGGAGAAGAUGGAGGAAGACGUUUAUGGAGCGAUUCCAAAAGUGAAUUAGAUGACGAAGCAGUUGGAGGAAGACGUUUAGGAAACGAGUUCAUAAGUUAUUUAGAUGACGGAGCAGUUGGAGGAAGACGUUUAGGGAGCGAGUCCAAAAGUGAUUUAAAUGACGAAGCAGUUGGAGGAAGACGUUUAGGAAGCGAGUUAAUAAGUUAUUUAGAUGACGGAGCAGUUGGAGGAAGACGUUCAUGGAGCGAGUCCAAAAGUGAUUUAAAUGACGGAGAAGUUGGAGGAAGACGUUUAGGGAGCGAGUCCAAAAGUGAAUUAGAUGACGGAGAAGUUGGAGGAAGACGUUUAGGGAGCGAGUCCAAAAGUGAUUUAGAUAUUCACAUCGUACGAGCGUUGUACGAUUUUGAUGCUAUACACGAUGACGAUCUCAGUUUCAAAAAAGACGACAAGUUCAAUGUAGAAGAGAACACUGCACCAAACUCUGAUUGGUGGGUAGCCACACAUAUCUCGACGGGCCAGAAGGGCUACAUACCCAGUGAUUAUGUUAUCAAGGACGACAACUCUCCACAGUCGCAAGACUGGUGGUACGAUGUAAAGAGGACGGAGGCCGACAUUCAACUGUUGUUCCCUGAAAACCCAACGGGAACUUUUCUAGUCAGAUGGAGAACAUGUUGUACGGCCAUAAGAUCCGUUUCAACUUAUAGAGACCAAAUGAUCUUAUCCGUAAGAACCUCUGAAUCGAAGUCAAACGAUGCCUGCGUGAAGCACUACAGGAUCCACCGACUGGAUAACGGAUGCUUCUUCAUUAGUAAUAAGAAAACCUUUGACAAUAUGUUGGAUCUUAUCUUGCAUUACCAAAAUGGCGCUAAUGGGCUGUGUUGUAAACUGGAUGUCCCGUGUCCGAAGAUCCGACCAAUGGUGCAGUUCCGUGAACUAGAUGUUUCACGGAACUAUGUGAAACUUCAGAAGAAGCUGGGCAGCGGAUACUUCGGAGAGGUGUGGGCGGGUAAAUGGCGUGACAUAGUAGAUAUUGCGGUGAAAACACUUAAGCCGAGUAAGAUGACACCAGAAGCAUUCCUGGAGGAAGCAGAACUAAUGUAUAAUCUGCGUCACAAGAAGCUUCUCCUUGUGAUGGCAGUGUGCGCGAAGUCAAAGCCGAUCUGGGUCAUCACAGAGCUCAUGGCGAAAGGUACACUGCUGGAUUACCUUCGGAAGGAUGGGGGAAAUACCAUCACGUUUAAUAUCAUAACUCACCUGGCCGAACAGAUCGCUGAUGGCAUGGCGUUUUUGGAAGCCAGGAACUUCGUACAUUUCAACCUUCGGGCGGCCAACAUUCUGAUUGGCGAGCAUUAUGAGGUGAAGGUGGCAGACUUUGGUCUCGCUCGCGUCUUUGAGGAAGAUAUCUAUGAAGCACAUGAAGAUAUAAUGUUUCUUAUAAAAUGGAAUGCCCCCGAGGCUGCAGGAGGUCGUAAAUUCAGUAUCAAGUCAGAUGUAUGGUCGUAUGGUGUUCUGCUCUAUGAAUUGAUCACAUGUGGCCGUGAACCAUACCCAGGUAUGAAAGGUAACGAGGUGCUCAACCGUGUGGAGAAGGGUUACCGUAUGCCCCGCCCCACGGACGGCCUAAUUCCCUGCCCUGAACCCUACCACGAGCUCAUGCUGAAGUGCUGGAACCGCUCGCCCGAUACACGACCAACCUUCGCUUUCCUUCUGGACUUCUUUGAAAACUAUGUGUCUUACACAGAAAGGACCAAAUUACCAAUAGAAAGCCAAAACGAUUGACAAUAAUGUGUAUUAUAUUAUUUUAAAUGAAGAAAACGAACAACCAAAACUAAAAUGUCUUAAUGAAUCUGUUUGAAUUAGUAAAACAUUGCUGAUUAAUCAAAUUGAAUAAUAAGACCUAUUGAAGUAUAUGUAAACAAAGUGUAUGUAACUCCCUUAAAUUUUUAAAACAUAUUAAUUUAAUGCUGUUGAUUGUAAGCUUCUUCCUACAUAUUAAAACAUAUUUCUCUUCUGGUAUGUUAUAACAUGUCCUAUCUUGUAAUUAUAUAUAUUAUAUUAAAGUACCUUCAUCUACAAUUUCCUUCACUUAAAAUGUUAUGAAGGCUAAAUAAAGUUAUAGAUUUAUAGUAUAAACUUAUUAGAUUGUCUUGCUACCACAGUUCAUUUAAGACAUAAGCUUUUUAAAACAUAUUUUUAACUGAUUCUACAAUACAUGUAUUGUUUAAAUGCUUCUUUUUCGCUGUCGCGUGCGUGUUAAAUUUUGAUUGGAAUAGAGUUAAGUUUUUUAUCAUAUCAGGCAUUGUUAUGGACUGGGAAGACAUAUAUGCAAAGUUCGGUUAUAUUUUAGUUUAAUGAAGUUGUGCUUGGUUCAUAAACGUUGUCUGUACCUUUGUAAACUUGUUUGUAAAAUCAUUUUGAAAGCAUCAAUAUACGUAAAUGCAUGUUUAAAUUCAAUACCUCAUAAUACACAUGAUGAAACACACACACACACAUAAAUAUAUUUAAAUAGCCUUCUUUAAAAAUAAAUAAUACAUAAUUGA